GUCGUCGCCGUGCCCUCCGGCCUCCGCCGCCUCCUGCUCUUCAGCCGCCUCGGCGCUUGUUCGACAGCCAUCCCUCUCGCUCUACCCCCUCGCCUCGUGGGUCCUCUUCGUCGAGCCAGCGCCGCCGCCUCCAGUGUCUCGGCUCCUCGCCAUGGAAGGAGGCGGCGAACGGGAUCACGAGGCGGAGCCGGAGUACCACUGCCACGACUUCGAGUGGGAGGACCUCCGGGCGGACGUGGAAGCUAACCCUUCCUUCUCCCACCAUCUCUCCCCUUUCCCCACGACCGCCGCCUCGCCGUCGCCGUCUUCGGAGGCCUGGAGAAGCUUCCACCGCCGCCACGCCUCCGGCAGAUUCUUCAAGGAAAGGAGAUAUUUGCUCAAGGAAUUUCCUGACCUGCUUAACAACAACGACGUUGCAAAGAUGUUAGAGGUGGGGUGUGGGAAUGGGAGCACUGUUGUCCCCAUUCUACGGUGCAGUCGAAACAACAUUGUCUAUGCUUGUGAUUGUAGUAAAGACACUCUAGAGAAGGCAAAUGAGAUUGUAAACAAUACAGAAGGUCUUGAUGGCAAAGAUAGGUUCCAUCCUUUUUUACUGGAUGUUUCUAAAGAAACUUUUCCAGAUUGGUUGUUCUGCAAAUCAUGUCAAAUGUCAAAUGCAAAGGCUGUUGACCUUUUACUAGAUUCAAGUGAGCAUAAUACAAGAAAGGAACACCCUGUCUUGCUGAAAGAAAAUCAAUGUUGUGUUGGUGGCAUAGAUGCUGUUACUAUGAUAUUCACAUUGUCAGCUAUACCCUUUAACUUAAUGUCAAUUACCAUACAGCGUUGUGUUUCUGUUCUGAAACCAGGUGGCCUAGUUCUAUUCAGGGAUUAUGGUCUUUAUGACAUGACAAUGCUUAGGUUUUCUCCCUCCCAAAGAGUCGGAUUUCGGGAAUAUAUGCGCGCUGACGGCACUUUUUCUUACUUCUUCACAUUGGAUACUAUGAGGGAGCUUUUUCAUGCUGCUGGACUACUAGAGUUGGAACUCGAAUACUGCUGUGUUCGAUCAAUAAAUAGAAAAAACGGGAAGAGCAUGCAACGGGUAUGGGUGCAUGGCAAAUUUCAGAAACCCACAAGAUGACACGCGAUAGCUGUGGAUGUAGAAGCUAAGUCAGGCAGUGAAGGAGACGUCAUACCAAUCGAUGCAACAUUAGGUAGCAAAGAAAUAUAAUUUCCAGCAGCAAACGUCCAUGAAAUUUGUUGAAGUUGCAAUUAAUCUAAUUAAUUCGGUACUUAUAUGGACUCCUGCAAUUUGUUUGAGUUGUGCGUACUGUUACUGGUGGACGAUCAGUAAGGCCUGCUACGGUGGCCGCAGGAGGCAGGACCCAAGUAUUGGCGCUAACCCCUUCUAUCCUGAAUUCCUGACCUGUUAUAGCUCUAGAAACGCCGUGACUGCCGCUCUGCAAGUUCGCAGCUAGCCAGCGAUGAAGAGAAAAAAAGAACGAAAUGGCAAGGACGGGCUGGGAGCCUGGGAUGCACUUCCUCCGCUUUUUUUUGACUGAGGCUCGGACCAAUAAUUAUUCCAUGAAUAUGUAAUUUAUGUGAUAUAAAAUUGAUAUCAUUUUAUUUGUUUUCAAA